AUGGCCUCGGCCGGUCGCUCCUCUUCCGCACGUCGUUUCCUCAAACCACUUCUCUAUUCCGGUGCCGCGAUCGCUGGGGUUGGCGGUACCAUCUUGUACCUCUCCUACCGUCCCAUCAACGUACCUGGCUCUCAAGGCGCCAUCGUCCCCAUCCCACGAACAGAGGACGGAACCAUCAUCCCUCCCAAAUUCCCCUUGAUUAGAUCCCGCGCUGAACAGAUUGCCGACUUGAGGAAGAGUGGUGGGCUGGUGGGUGCUGCGCCAGAAACGCCCCUUCGGCAACAGUUGAAAAAUAGUCUAGAACGAUUAAGAGGGGCAACAAGCGAUGAUAGAGACAUAACCUUACCUGCGGAACAAGAAGCUGGGGAACCGUAUGACCUCCUGGUCAUCGGGGGCGGGGCUACAGGUUCCGGUAUUGCCUUGGAUGCUGCCACGCGCGGGCUCAAGGUUGCCCUGGUCGAGCGCGAUGACUUUGCUGCUGGAACAAGUAGCAAGAGCACGAAACUUGUGCACGGCGGUGUACGAUAUCUCGAAAAGGCAUUCUGGGAGCUAGACUAUAACCAGUAUGCACUGGUCAAAGAAGCGCUGCGCGAGAGGAAAUAUUUCCUUGACACAGCCCCCCAUCUGUCCAUGUGGCUCCCCAUCAUGAUACCUUUGCAGAAAUGGUGGCAAGCACCCUAUUUUUGGGCGGGGACGAAGCUGUACGAUUAUCUUGCGGGCAGUGAAGGCAUUGAAACCAGCUACUUCUUGACCAAGAGCAAGGCGUUGGACGCUUUCCCUAUGUUGAAAAAAGAGAACUUGGUGGGAGCGCUGGUAUACUAUGAUGGCGCACACAACGACAGCCGCAUGAACAUUUCCAUCGCGGCCACGGCUGCGCUCUACGGGGCAACGGUGGUCAAUCAUAUGGAAGUUACCGGUUUGACCAAGGACCAGAAUGGCAAACUGAACGGCGCUGUGGUCCGAGAUGUGAUCGCCGAGAAGAAUGGAAAACCGACGUCGCCUUUCACCAUACGCGCCAAAGGUAUUAUCAAUGCGACCGGUCCUUUCUGCGACUCAAUACGGAAGAUGGACGACCAAAAGGUCCAGGAAAUUGUCGCCCCUAGUUCUGGUGUGCAUGUGGUGCUACCUGGAUACUACAGCCCUCAACGGAACUCAAUGGGGUUGAUCGAUCCUGCGACAUCUGAUGGCCGUGUCAUCUUCUUCCUGCCCUGGCAGGGCAACACGAUCGCUGGAACCACCGAUGCCCCCUGCAAGAUUACUCAGCAUCCCAUCGCUGGGGAGGAGGAGAUAGGCUGGAUUCUGAACGAGAUCAAGGGAUACCUGUCCCCAGAGAUCAACGUCCGACGUGGAGAUGUGCUCGCUGCCUGGUCGGGGAUUCGCCCACUGGUCAAGGACCCCAAAGCAAAGAACACCGAGUCGCUGGUGCGAAAUCAUCUAGUGACUGUCUCGACCUCAGGACUGCUCACAUGUGCGGGAGGGAAAUGGACCACAUAUAGGCAGAUGGCAGAGGAUGCGGUUGACGAAGCCAUCAACCAAUUUGGGCUGCAGACGAAGCCCCUGACAACCCCGAGGAGAAUCAGCGGAACAGAAAAGAUCGACGAUGCUGCCCCGCUCGAUGGGACCUGUCAAACGCACCAAGUCAGGCUCGUUGGUGCGCAUGGAUUCUCCAAGACUCUGUUCAUCAACCUGAUUCAGCAUUUCGGUCUCGAGACCGAAGUGGCGAAGCACCUUGCGGAGGCAUAUGGCGAUCGUGCGUGGACGGUGGCAGCGCUAUCCAGCCCGACUAAUGAGAGGUUCCCAGUUCGAGGGAAGCGUAUUUCUGCGCUGUACCCUUUUAUAGAUGGAGAAGUCCGGUACGCGGUGAGACACGAAUUUGCGCAGCGAGCCGUGGAUGUGAUUGCACGAAGGACAAGAUUGGCUUUUCUCAACGCCCAGGCGGCGCUGGAGGCGUUGCCCAACGUUAUCGACCUGAUGGCCGAAGAGUUAAAGUGGGACAGCAAGAGGAAAGACCUCGAGUGGAAAGAAAGCGUUGCUUUUCUGGCCUCGAUGGGUCUUCCGAGAAGCAAGCUGAGCGUGUCAAGGAAAGACGUUGAGGGUGGAAAGGCCGGAUUUGCCGACGAAUAUGAGAGGAAGCUAUAUUCGAGAUACGAUGGUCCAGCGGAUACGCUCGAAAGUGACUCCAAGUUGAGACCUGGACAAAACCCAGUCCUAGGACAGGAUUCGCCAGCCAACAAAUAG